AUGGAGAAUGGAGCCACUGGAGCAACUGGAGCAAUGAUGGGCUGGAUGGCUGAAGGUGUCCAGGACGGUUCCCGUUUUCGAGCAAAGAGGCCGUAG